AUGUCUUCGUCAACAGAUCAUCAACAAGGAAAUCAUAUUCUUCAACCAUCGUAUAUUAUGGAUGGUACAACAUCAUUAAAUGGUACAAAUGAAACAUUACCAUUAUGUGAUAUUAAAAUUAUUUGUAUACAAAAAAAAAAGAGAACUAAACGUCAUAUUUAUUUAACAUUUGUUGAAAGUUGUCCAUUAUCAUCAUCAAAUGAACAACCAUGUAUAGAAAUAAUAGGUAAAACAAAUGGUUCAUCAAUAUUAUUAAAUGAAUGUAUAUCAUAUGAAUAUUUUGAUACAAUUAAAAAUGAUUUUCAAUCAUUUAUUUAUAUUUAUUUUGAAAAUUAUACAAUAUCAAUACAUUUUUCUGAUGAACAUAUACAUAAAAAACCUCUUAUUAUUAAACAUUUUGAAUAUAUGUAUAAGAAAAAUAAUGAACAAUCAAAUGAAAUUAAUAAACAACAAAUAUCUCAAGAAUUACCAUGUUUAUCAAUAACUGAAAAUAUUUUACAUACAUUUGAUAUUAAAUUAAUUCCAUAUGGAACAAUUAUAUCUCAUAAUCAUAUAUUAAUUGGUCAUGCUCGUCUUUAUUUUACUACAACAGAUCUUUAUAUAUCUUCAAUUGAUUGUAAUCAAAUUGAUUUAAAAACAACAAUUACAAAUCAAUGUCCAUCAAAAGAUAAACCUAUUUUAUGUAUACCUUAUUUUACAAUAAAACAUUAUGGAAAUCGUUCAAAUAUAUUUCUUAUUGAAUUAGGUAAAUCAAAUUAUGGUAAUGGUGAAAUACAUAUGAAAUGUCUUUCAUCAUCAUUAGCAAGUACAAUACAUUUAUUAGCUAGUCCUGUUAUUGAAGAACGACCAUUAAUACUUUCAUCAGCAUUUCAAAAUCAAUUAUUAACACAUAAAAGAAUGGAAAAAUCGAAAAAUAUUCAUCCACCUAUACAACUUAAUCAUGAUACAGUAAAUUCAUCUAUUGCUGAUCGAUCAUUACCUUUUUCUAAAGAACUUUCAAUUGAACGUUUAUCAGAAAAUUCAACGAAAUCCAAUCAAGUAAAAUCACGUUCAUUAUUUAGUUGGGUUCGUAAAUUAGUUAAAAAUACUACACAAUUACAACGAUCAUAUCAAUUUGAUAGUAAUCAAAAUCAUUUAAAUCAACAAUCAAAAAUUUUAUCAUCAUCAAUGAAUAAAUUUUUUGAAUUAAAUAUUGAAGAAAAACAAAUUUCUCAUGAUCAACAACAGAAUAUUUUACCAAAAUCUCAAAGUACAAUUGAUUCAUUAGAAUUAAUUAAAAAUAAAACUAAUAAAAUUUCUGUGAUCUCAUCUUCAAAUAAACAAGAAACAACUAAUGGAACAUAUAUUGAUAUGGAAAUAACAACAUCUACAGAUAUUGGUAUUAAUACUACUAUCAGUUUACCACCACAUGUUCAUUCAGCUAUUAUUGUUGGAAAUUCAGUUCAUUUGAUUGCUGAAGAACGAGCUGUUUUUCCAAUUGGUCAACGUUCCUUCACUUCUCCUGCUAGUGUUAUGCAACCUUUCAAAGCACAAUUACAUGGACAAACAAUUAAUAAUAAUUAUACAACUGAAACUAAUUUGACAUCAUGUGUACCAAAUAAUUCAAGUUCAAUUCAUCAACCAACAUCCAAUUCCAAUUCUCAACAAUCAUUAUUUCUUUCUUAUGGUAUAGUAACAUUAAAUAAAAUUCCAUUAACAUCUGAUCAACCUGAACGUCCAUCAAGUCCAUUAUCGGAUAUUUCAAGUAUUGAUCGUCGACUUAAUUCUGAUCUUAGUCUUAUGUCAAUAUCUCAUCAACAACAAGCAUCAAAUAUUUAUUCAUAUGAUAAUAUAUUAUCAUCAUCAUCAAGUUCACAUAUAUUUCGUACAUUAUCACUUUCAACAAAUAAUAUUGGUGAUAAUACAUCUGGUCAAAUAUGUACAUCAAAUGGUAGUAUUAUAUUUUUUGAUGAUAAUUUAACAGAUCAAGCAACAACAUAUUUACUUGGUUCACCACCAAUACCAUUAACUGAUGAACAAAUUCAAACAAAUUUAUCACGUGUUUCAUCAUUUAAUUUACCAACAUCUAUAUCACGUACACAUUUAUCAAAUAUAAAUGAAGAAAAACUUUCAACAAAUGAUUCAUAUGCAUUUAUUGAACCAUUAUCUAUAAAUGAUAAUUCAUUAUCUAAUUUAUUAACAAUUCUUACAAAACCUUCAUUAAUAUCAGAAAAAACAAUUAAUUAUACUGAUUUACUUUUACCAUCAUCAAAUAAUAAUAAUGAUGAUGAACAACAAAAUAUAAAUUCAAGUGAUCAAAAUAAUGAUCAAUCGAAUAAUAUAAAUGAAGAAAAAACUGAACGAUCAUCAACUGUUAUUUAUACAGGUAUUGAUUUUCAUCAAAUUGAACGUCGUGAUCGUAUUGCUCAAUUAGCAGCCACAUCACAUAGUGAAGAUAAAACACCACCAUUUGUUUUAUAA